UGCCUUCGCCUCUCAUCCUUUGGGUUGCAGCGGGCGUUUCUUCCCACGUUACACCCCUUGGAUCAAAGAAAAUUUACCAAAACACCCUCCUCUCAGAACAAAAGAAAUUAGAUUGGAUUUUCUUUUUUUCCCUCUCUUCCUCCAAUUUCAUCUCUUUGAUUCUUGUCCUCCGAAAAUCGGAGAUUAGCGUUUUGAAAUUCCAUCCCAAGUUACGGACUCCCUCAAUCGACGGCUCUACUUCCAUUUUUCUGAUCUCUUUCGUCAAAGGUUUCAUCGACCUAGUCGCUUUCGGCCUCCAGCGUCGAGAAUUACGGAUUCUGAUUUUCGAAUUUCUUGAAUCCUUGCCAGAUAAAUUAGGCUUCAGGUUUUGUUUUAUCUCCAUUUUUUUUUCAUGUCGCUGUUUUAGAAUUCCUGAAUCUUUGGUAGAGAAAUCAGGUUUGGGAAGACUUAAUCUUCAAGAAUUUGGGAUUUCUGAUUAAUUUGAUAAAGGAUUCGUUUGAGAAAUUUGGCCUUUAAUUAAGGCGGGAAAAAAGAGAGUUUGUUUUUCAAUGCUUGGGGUUCCGAUUGAAGAAUCGAGCUAAGCUGGAAGCGUUACGAUUUGAGCCCUGGGCGGUGGCGGUUGGGGCCGCUGCUGCCAAAGGCCGCAGAUUGAAUAACGGUGAUUUGGAUUGUCGUAUCUGUGCUGCUGCUGGGGAUCUGUUGGUAAGAAUGCGCCGCAGCAGCGGCAGUGGCGGGCAGCUCGCUGGCCAGGUCGGCGGCUUCAGCCAUGAGAGCGAGCACGACCUGGCAGUUAUGGUCAGUGAUUUCCUGGAAAAUGGGAGUAGUGGGGCUGAGUCAAGGUGCAGCAGUGACAGCGAUUCUGGGUUUUCUGAUCUCUCGCAUCUUGCAGAUAGGAUUGUGUUCCAUAAGCGUGUUGUUGAUCAGUACGAGAGUGAUCUGCUAUCGACCGUCCAUUCCCUUAUCCUGUCCAUUAAUGAGACAGAUCUUCAUUGUGUCAAGGCAGGGGCAUGCAAUGCCAGCUGCAUUCGGCAAUCAUUGUCAAAGCUUCUUAGGUUUGAUGGUUAUGAUGCUGCUGUUUGCAUUUCUAAGUGGCAGGGUUUUGACAAGGUCCCGGGAGGUGAUCAUGAAUAUAUCGACGUGGUGACGGAUGGAAAAACCGGGACCUCUGAUCGCUUGAUCAUUGAUAUAGACUUUCGGAGCCACUUUGAAAUAGCAAGAGCCGUUGAAUCUUAUGAUAUGAUAUUGAAUUCUCUUCCAGUAGUCUACGUGGGCUCGCUGCCCAAGCUGAAGCAGUACCUCCAGGUCAUGGUAGAAGCUGCAAGAAGCUCCCUCAAGCAGAACUCCAUGCCUCUCCCUCCAUGGAGGUCUCUGGCUUACCUGCAAGCAAAGUGGCAAUCUACCUAUGAGAGGAAACUUGGUCCAGACGCAUGGAACACAAGCGGGUCCAAUUCUUUUGAUUAUAAACAGUGCAUUGGACAUUCAAGGAGGCUGAAAGCCUCCAUCCAAUCUGAAAUAGAGACUGAGCGUCUGUUGAAGCCUAUAAUCAACGAGAACAGUAAUAAUCGGAGGGUGAAACUGGAGAGGUGGAGGCGCCCUGUGUUCAGGGCCUGAUAAAAGAUGCACAGAUAUCAGUUUGAAAAUAAAAAAAUCCAUUCGUUCCAAUAAAACAGCAUAAGGAAUGUCAGAUUUGCAUUUGCCACGCCAUGUAAUAUUAUCUUCGUUUGGGUAUCUAAUAAAAGACGUGAACCUUUGAAGAAAUGCAGGUUCCUUUUCAUAUUCCACAGUAAUUUUCCAUUUUUUCCAGCAGAAGGCAGGGAUUGCUGUGCCUUGAGAGUGAGCUGUGAUUCUCUCUCAAAGAAGUCAAUUCAUCAGAAGUUCUUGUUGGUAUGCUUUGGUUGAUCCAUGCUGUUGCAUUAUUUUAUAGAUUGUAUUUGUUCUUUUCAAUAUUUGAAACAAAGAAAGCCUUGCCAUAUUCUAUGAGCAUAGGAAAAUUUUGUCACUUGUAUUGUUACUACUGUAUUUCCUUUUGGCCAAUACAUAAAAGAUGUACUGAGAGCGGAUCUA